AUGUCGGCGCCGGACGACGCGCCCGGCGGCGGCUCGAGCUCCGCGGCCGAGCGGCCGGCGGCGAUGAGGAAGACGUCGUGGAGCAAGGACGAGGACGCCGUGCUGCGUGACCAGGUGCGGCUGCACGGCGCGCGUAACUGGGAGGGCAUCAGUGCCGCGCUCCCCGGCCGCAACGCCAAGUCGUGCCGCCUCCGCUGGUGCCAGCACCUGGCCCCCGGCGUCGCCGCCGGCAGGCCCUUCACCGCCGAGGAGGACGCGCUUGUCGUCGCGUGCCACCGCGUGUUCCCCAACAAGUGGUCCACCAUCGCGAGGUUCCUCCCGGGCCGCACCGACAACGACAUCAAGAACCGCUGCAACACCGUCCUCCGGCAGCAGCUGUACCAGCAGCCGCCGCCGCCGCCACUCCGCCGCCGCCACGACGGGACGCUCCCGCUGUUCCCUCUGGUGCCCGGGGAUGUCAGGACCAGUGCCAGGGACGGCAGCCCGGUGCUCCGGCGCCAGCCGCCCGACGAGGCUGUGGGGGAAGAUCAGAGCGGCGCGUGCCUCGACCUCUUCCCACUGGUUCCUGGGGAUCUUAUUAACAAGGCCAGGAACGAUGCAUGCGAGGCGGCGGCAAUGGAUGUAGAUGUCGGCGCCGGGGACCUGCUCGAGAUGAGGCUCUGGCCGGCGUUCACGGCCAUGGCGGUCUUCAGGGCGAUGGUGCAGGCUGUUCGGGCGCCGUAA